AUGCUCCCGCACCGCCUCCGCCGCAAGUUCCGCAGCACGCGCUCAAAGAUCAGAAGCAGACAAACGCCCACUUCGUCCAUCUCGGCCCUGCAGACCAGCUUCAACCCAAGAGACACUCUGCGUUCGCUCCGCGACCACCAGUGGUCCGUCUACGAUGCCCAAUACCUCUUCCUCGCCGUCGUCGGCAUCUUCGCCCUCUGCGUCAUCCAAUCGCCCGGUCCCAUGGUCAAGACUACCGUGGCUACGCUGUUGAUGCUGUCGCUGCUGUUGCCCGUCACGCGCCAAUUCUUCCUGCCCUUUUUGCCAAUUGCCGCUUGGCUCGUCUUCUUCUUCUCCUGCCAAUUCAUCUCCGGCGAAUACAGACCUCCGAUCUGGGUCCGCGUUCUGCCCGCCCUCGAAAACAUCCUUUACGGCGCAAAUUUGAGCAACAUCCUCUCAGCCCACAAGGCCGUCGUUCUCGAUGUCCUCGCCUGGUUGCCCUACGGCAUCACCCACUUCGGUGCCCCGUUCGUCUGCUCAGGCCUCAUGUUCCUCUUCGGCCCGCCCGGAACCACCCCUACUUUCGCAAGAGCCUUUGGUUACAUGAACUUGACUGGUGUCAUGAUUCAGCUGUUCUUUCCCUGCUCGCCUCCGUGGUACGAGAACAUGUACGGUCUUGCUCCGGCAAACUACUCCAUGCAAGGCUCUCCCGCCGGUCUGGCCGCUAUUGAUAAGCUCUUUGGCAUCGACUUAUACACUUCGACUUUCACCGCCUCGCCCAUGGUCUUUGGUGCUUUCCCCUCGCUGCACUCGGGAUGUGCCACUAUCGAGGCCUUGUUCAUGAGCCACACCUUCCCCAAGCUCCGCCCCUUGUUCAUCAUCUACACCGGCUGGCUGUGGUGGUCUACCAUGUAUCUCUCUCAUCACUACGCUGUGGAUCUUGUUGGUGGCAGCUUGCUUUCUGCCGGUGCCUACUACAUCGCCAAGGGCAAAUUCUUGCCUAGACUGCAGCCCGGAAAGAUGUUCCGUUGGGAUUACGACUACGUCGAGGUUGGCGAAGCAAGAGACGGCCAUGCCUAUGGUCUCACCGAUUUGGCCGAGGACGACUUCCACCCGGCCAACUUCGGCAUGGAUAGUGGCGAUGAGUGGACCAUUGGCUCUUCGUCUUCGGUGGCCUCAUCCAGCAGAAGCCCUUCGGUUGGUGCAAGGAGCCCCGUUGACGAGUCCUGGGAGGGCGACACUCUGGCCUCCACCUCGGACAAUGAGUACUACCAACAGAAGCCACAACAAAAGUCAUGA